AAUUAGGUCAACAUGAUCUAGCACUUCAAGAAUAUAAUCUUUGGUACGAAAGUUCAUUAAGAAAUAGUAAUAAAUUAUCACCAUCAUUACUUGAAAUACUCGAUGAUUACGUUCAAUUUCGACGUGGUUUAACUUAUGCAAGUCUUAAUCGUCAUGAUAAUGCAAUAGCAGAUUAUCAACGUAUAUUUAAUAAAUCAAAUCGAUUGAUUUCAUCAACAAUAGCUGAUCGGAUAUUCUUUCGUCAAGGUAUGUCAAGUAUGGCUCUCAAUGAUGCACAUGAUGCAUUAAUUAAUUUUAAUAAAUCAAUAUCAUUAAAU